AUGGCGGAGAGCUCACAUGGAUCUGGCGGUCCCGGAGGAGGCCAGGAAAGGAGCAGGCGAGACAUCCUGAAGUCCACCAAGAAGGCAUGGGUUCGUCUGGAUGACCAGCUGCCCGGCUCCCAGGAGGCAAGCCGGCACCUCACCACCCCCACGCUGGAAGGUUCCAAAAAAGAAAGUAUUCAGCAGUGGCUGGACUCUGGAUUCUUUGUCUCUGCAGAUGAACACUUGCAGCAAGUCCUCGACCACACUGAUUUUUCGCCUGAAGGAGGAACAGGUCACGUGAUGGUGAAAGACUACAGGAGAUCUCUGCACCAGUUUUCAGAAACUCCCACCCUGUCCAGAGGGACCAGUUUCAACUCGUGCUAUUCUGCUACAAGUCUCCCACAAAGCAUCCCUGAGUGGCUGGAAUUUUGGGAAGAAGAUGCAGCGGAGAUUCUCUUGGAUCUGGGGUUUGGUGCUGACGAGCCAGACAUCUGCAUAAAAAUUCCAGACAGAUUCCUGGGUUGUGACUCAGCAGCCAGGGGAAUCAAUAUCCAUGUUUUUCUUGAAGCUCAAAAGCAGCGAAUGGACAUUGAGAACCCUAACUUGUAUGGCCGUUUCCGGCAGCUGGAGAUCCUGGGUCACGUGGCCAGCGCCUUCUCGUCUUUGCUGAGUGAUGUUAACACCUGGCAGAGCAAAGCUGGAGAGAAAGACGGGGAAGAAAGUGUGGAAAGAACCUCAGUGGACGGAACCAAAGAACAUCAAAGAAGAGUGGAUGAACUUUGCAGAACCUCAAAGCAGAACCUUAGGAGAGAUGGUAGUUCAGAGGUGUCUGAGUCCUUGAAGCAGAGGGAAGACUUUCUCGUCGCCUCUGCGAAGCCAGGAGGAUAUUCAGCACAGUUACCAGCGAUGGCAAAUGACCUUGAACAAAGUCAUCUGUCUUCUUCAGCAGAGCAUCAGUCUCGCCAAGCCUCUGAUGACCUGAUACCUUGUCAUCCUCCCCGACCUCUUCUGAGAAAGUGGUGGCCUUACCCACCCAUGCUAGCCAAGCAGGCUCCUCCUUCCUGUGCGUCUAAGGGGUCAGUCAAGGACAGAACUGGAAAAGAAAUCUCCAUUCAGACUAACAAGUUCAAGAGCUUAUCGAGUGCGAACAAAGCACCAGACUCCUUUGAAAUGGAAGAGGUCCAGAGCUUUGAAGAGGAGAUUGGUAAUCCUCCUGACCGGACUUCAGGAACUGUAGGUGCCACGGUGAACAGAGCUGCCAGCUGCCAGUCGGACAGCAGCGGGUUCCUGGAGGAGCCAGCAGAGCCCCCGGCCCUGCAGAUGCCCUCCUCGCCUGGAAGCUGGAGUCCUGCUGAGGACGGAGGUAGAAAACCCGCGGAUCGGAACCAGCACCCAGGGUCACCCCAGGACUGCCAGCAAGAGCCAGACGAGGCCGAUUCCGAGAGGAUGGCGAGCACAUCUUUUUCAAGUCAAGACUGGAAUGUCUUGGAAGAAAAGUCCUCAACAUCUGUGGUGGAGAAAGAGUAUCAGCUGGAGGCCAUGGAGGGACAUCCAGAGCUGUUAACCUCAGACACGGCCCCGGACAUGACCACCACCGGGGGAGAACACCCCAGGAAAGACAGCCAUGGGAGGCAACCCCCGCCCAUGCCCCAGCCUCAACACGAGGUCAGUGUCGAUAUGACCACCUCCAAAUGUGACCAUCCUCUGGAGUUUCUGGUGACCCACGUCACAGAAGGGAAGGAUGGGUUCCUGAGGCCUGAGCGAGCUGGGGAUGUGCAAAGCCACCACUGUGAGUCUCAGUGGUCACCUGGAGUGGGUCAUACUCAAUGCAGGUUCCUUCAUGUUGACUCUGAGGUCCCAAGAGGAGCAGAGGGCAGUCAACUCUGUCCUGACAUCAACAACACCUUACGAACGCGAGAAAAUCCACCACAGCGUGUCCCCAAGCCCAGUGAAGGCAUGUCCUUCACAGUUGACCUUAUUCAGACAUCUGAGAAGUCCAUUCCCCACCUAGACAAGCUCUCUGGAGGUACUACAUCCGAAGCGAAGCCAAGGUGUAGUGCUUUGGGUCAAAUACCACCCAGGGCAGGAUCGGAGAUGGGAACCUUCCCUUCAAAUGCUGACUCAGACACCAUCAGCCCCGAGUCUGUGACAACCCAGAUGUCCUCCAAUCUGCUGUUAGCUGCUCAGAAGGCUGUGGCCUCGGGGACUUAUUUUAGAAGAACAACUUUGGAAUGCACUUUGUAUGACCCUGUUAGCACAACAGACCCAGACCUGGGGACGGAAGCCAAACAGUUCAGCGAUGUUUCUGUUCAGACUUAUUCGUGUGAGCCCGGGUCCUGGCAUCGCUGUUCGGCUCCCAGUAGCAAGGCCCCGCCCCUCACCAAAUCUGCCUCUCUAGACACAGGCCUCCCUGGUAUCUGCCCAGUGGACAGCAGCCAUGCUGCACCUGCCCACCGCUGUGACUGCUGCCAUCACCAUCCCCACUGCCACCCAGGGAGACAAAGCCCCCGCUCUGCGGCUGCAGGCUGCAGGCACGGCGCAUGCUCACGUAGCCACCUGGAAGCCCAGUUCAUGAAGACUUUGACUGUCCUUCAGGACACGGCAGUGCGGGAGCUGUGCUCUUGCACCGUCCGGGAGAUGGAAGCAAUGAAGAUGCUAUGCCAGGGCUUCCGGGAGCAUCUGGAGGAAACUGAGAAGCACCUCGUAGGACAGCAGGCUCUCUUUUCCAGGGACAUGUCAGAAGAGGAAAGGAAGGAGGCCGAGCAGCUGCAAACUCUGCGCAGGGCCCUGCGGCAGCAGGUGGAGGAGCUGGAGUUUCAGUUGGGAGACCGGGCUCAGCAAAUCAGAGAAGGGAUCCUGUUGCAGCUUGAGCUUGUCACGGGAGAACCGCCUGAAUACUAUGCAAACUUGCACCAAUGUGACUGGACAGAAGAAAAGAGUGGCCAGAUUCCAUGUGCCCAGACCCACCCAGCCAUGGACCCUGGGGUUGCCCAGCAGGAUGGUCAGCGGGCUCCCUGCUCAGGUAGAACUCACUGGGCUGCCUGUUCUCCCCCCACCUCGGAGAGUCACACCAGGAUGCCUCCCCCAGCCGGAGAGUUAGGUCCAGCCCCUUUGUCAAAUUGUCCUGUCGGAGGAGGACAAAUGUCUUCCUGUAGAUCAGAGCACAUUGGAUGGCCUUCCUGCAAAACAUAA